AUGUGGGCAGCUUUCUCGCUCGUACUAGUCUGGAUUAGGCUCGCCUCUGCCGCAGUCGACUUUGCCUCUUCCGGAUACGCCUCUUUGACGCACUACGAUCUUCCCAGCAAUUAUGUCGCUUCGUGCGGGUGUGUUGGACGCUCGACCAACUACCCCACCGCUGCGAUCAACCGCUAUGCAUACGGAUCCAACACCUCGUUCGGUCCUGCCUGUGGAGCCUGUUUCGAGAUCCGCCUCGUGUCCACCCCGCUCGCGCCUCCCCCGCCACCGCCCGGCUCCAAUGGUCCUUGGGGAGACGGCAUCUACUACAACGUCUCUCAAGUCACUUCCGGAUCCACACCUACCCUGGUCGUGAAAGUGACAGAUCUGUGUCCAGGCGCAGGAGGACCGUGGUGCAACGCCACUCGCCUUUCCAACGGCACAGUGGAAGGGAACAGUCUCGGCUUCGACCUGCACUUUGAUCUCGCUUGGCCAGCGAAGGGGAUAUCGAAGAACUUCUUCCCCGGCACACACGAUUAUGGAGCAUGGAACAUCAGCUACGCAGCAGUGUCGUGUCAGAGAUGGGCCGGCUGGAGGGAUCCAGCUGCGCUCGGAUCGGACUGGGCGCAGCAAUCGUCAGCUUGCUGUCCGAACAACCCAUCACCGAGUGGAGGUGAUGCGAGCUGCCCAGCCUACUUCAGCACCCUAGGGCCCAACGCCGCAGUUCCACCGAACACGAGCAACAUUCUGUCAAGAGGCGCGUCCAAUGCUGCUGCAUCUACAUUGCGACGAGACGCUGCCGCGAAUGUGGUUGUUCUGCUAGUGACUACACUGGCAAGCGCGCUCGCCGUGUCACUCGCAACUUCCUAG